AUGAGUGUCCUCCAGCAGUUCCCUGGCGUGCACUGGGUUUGGCAUGGAAGCAUCUCUUUUGUCUAUGAGGUCCAUCCUCUUAUUGUGGUCAAGGUCCCAAAGCCUGGCGAGCUUGAACGAGAGCAAUUUCAGCAUGAAAUCAAGGUCUAUGAAAUAUUUUCUCAAAAUCCGCCGUGUCCUUCCAUAGUGCAGUGCUUCCUGUACACCGAUAACGGCAUUUUCCUCGAGUACAUGCGAGAUGUUUCCCUCUACUGCAGGAUCCAUAACAAUAACAAUUACGACCCGGAGACCCGCUUGGUCACAAAAGUGGACAGACUCGAACCCCCCGCUCUUCGAAAAGAAUGGAUGAACGACAUCACUCAAGCGGUUGCUUUCCUGGAAUCUCUCAACCUCGCCCAUGGUGACCUACGACCCGAGAACAUCUUGCUUGAUCGAGACCGCCUGAAGCUUUCAGAUUUUGAUUGCAGCGCAGAACCGGGGACAGACUUCGAAGCUUGCAUGGCCCCGUAUGGAAGAAUCCUCAACGGUGACGAGGUGGAUCAAGGAGCACGGGGAACUUCGGGCUUCCUGGGCCCUCGAACUGAACAAUUUGCCCUCGGUUCCAUCUUCUACCUCAUUAACUACGGCUUUGAGGUUUAUGGAAACCAAUCUCUGACUGAGGAUCCUGGAGAGCAUGGACCCAAGGUCGAGGAUUUACUGCAGAACAUGAAGUUUCCAACGCUGGAUGGCGAUCCGUUGAUUGACGAAAUGAUUAACAAAUGCUGGCACAACAAAUAUGCUGCGAUCGCGGAACUGGCCACUUACACAAAGACGCUCCUCCUCGAGAGGAACACCGGGAGCGAUAUUAACACUGAAACAACCCCCGUUCCUGAAUGUGCCACCGACGAGGCUACCCAAUUUGAAACAGUCGAUUCCGAGAAUCCCGAUGGCUCUGCGAGUGACAUGUGCCAAUACCAGUGGCCAGAGGAUUUUAGCUCAAAGAAAGAGUUCUGUCAGAGCUUGGAGAAGCGUGGACUUCUUGAGGUGCUGUCUUCGGGGGAGCCAAAUCAACUUGGAUUCGAACUCAAGUUUUACAGCUAUUCAGAGCGUUCUUGA